AUGACCCCAGAACAACUAAACCGUAUAGAAGAAGGCAUGGACCAAAUAAAUAAAGACAUGAGAGAGGCAGAGAAGACUUUAACAGAACUCAACAAAUGCUGUGGCCUUUGUGUCUGCCCAUGUAAUAGGACGAAGAACUUUGAGUCUGGUAAGGCCUUUAAGACAACAUGGGGAGAUGGUGGAGACAACUCACUUACCAACGUAGUAUCUAAGCAGCCAGGCCAGGUGACAAAUGGCCAGCCUCAACAAGCUGCCACAGGAGUAGCCAGCGGUGGAUACAUUAAACAUAUAACUAAUGGUGCCAGAGAAGAUGAAAUGGAGGAGAACUUGACUCAGGUGGGCAGUAUCUUGGGGAAUCUAAAAAACAUGGCGCUGGACAUGGGCAAUGAGAUUGACGCUCAAAAUCAACAAAUAAAUUGGAUCACAGAUAAGGCUGAAACCAACAAAGAUCGUAUUGACAUUGCCAAUGUCAGGGCAAAGAAACUCAUUGACAGCUAA